UUGGUUCGGGUGCUAGAGAGAGAGAGAGAGACAUCGUGGUGUUCGUGACGACGAGUCAGACAUGUUGUGGUAAAGAAUCGAGUGACUUCCAUCUAGACAUCAUCAACCAGAGCUCUUACAUUUUCACCAUCUCUUUAACGAGUGAACAGUUGGGUGUCUUCUUGUAGUACGUCUCAGUGCGUGUGUGUGAGAGCCGGCCAUUUCUCCCAUUGAUCAUUCCAUACAGAGGCGGGUAACUACAGUGUCAGAUUCGUUUAUCCCAUUUUUUUUUUGGCUGCUCAAAGGAAGGAUCACAGAUCCAAGAUUAGAUCUAUUCAGAUCACCAUUUUUGAGUCUCACUCUCACUAAGGACGUCUAAGGAGUCUAGGACUGUUUCAACAGAAGAGGGAUCUUCAUCACUGUAGCUGGUACUAUCUACGUCACCGCAAGACAGUUGUCCUCAACAAAGGAAAAACACACACCAACAAAAAAGAUGAAGGCGUUCGUGCUAGUACUCGGUGUUACCUCAGCUGCUGGAGAAGCAUCAGGAGGGUUGUUUGACAAUUUGAGGGCUGCUCUUGGUGGGACUGUGACGACGCCGACGCUUGAUGCAAGUAAAGAAGAACCAAGUAUUUAGAAUGAAUGUGUAAUUGCAACAACUGAGUAGAAGCAGAAGAGUAUUUCAAGUCGGUGGUCGUGAGUCUGCAUGUGCAUGAGGCUAUUUUCAUCGAAGAAUGUGAAUGUUUUUCAACGUUGCCAAAUUUUUCCCCUCAACCGCCCCAAAACAUAGGUUCUCUCACAAAAGCCGAUGCGCAGGCUCAGGCAGGUGCGGCUGUACAACAAGAGGGCGGACCCUCCACAUUAGAAGAGAUGGAUUUGCUCUGUUUGAACAACACCCAAGCACAGUCCUGGUUCAACAUUCAGCAGAAGAUGAGGUAUAGAAGUGCUUUUUUGGUUUUUGACUACUGGCACUGGUGAGGGUGACUCAUAGAGAUUGAGAUCAUAGUACUAUUGAUGUCCUCACAAGAACAAGGCCUUUGAAGUAGAAAUUGCGACCAGUAAUCUUUUGAGAGCAACAUGCGGCUCGUCACGAAACCAGGUAUAUCCUCGGAGCAGAUGCGGCAUUUAACGGCCUAGAUAAAGCAAACACAUUGGAACCGGCGUUGUACAGUGUCCUAGAGGAUAUGGGAACUACAGGAGGCAAGGAUGUCUGCGGCGUGGGCAAGUUGAUGGUACUGAAUAUAUCAUAGUAUGUCUCACCUUUUCAAGUAGUUGUCCAUCUUGUUCUUUUGCGCUUUUGCAACCAGCAUCGACGACUGGGAACUUGCUUUACCGAAGAAUAAUUCAACUUCUGUUCAACUGUUGAUGGGUCCUCAUCAAAACUGAGCCUACUCUAACCCUAAACCAUAAACCCUAACCCAACCCUAAACCCAAACCCAAACCCAAAUAAACUACUCUUUCUGCCUGCUGACAACAAAGGUACAACUUCUCUCCAUUUGCGCCAUGGAUUCGGAUGGACAGGUGGUCAAGACCCAGAUAUCACAAAACGAGCAGCUCACUUCUCCCUUGUUGACGUUGUUGCUGGACAUCCCAUGGCACUGUACUGCUUUGAUGCUCUGGCUUCUUUGAAUACAACUUGCGUGUGUUUCGAUUGGUGCAAUAGUUUGUCGGAGAGCGACAUAAAAGACUCACUGCACCACCUCAUGCUAGGCACAUUCAUUCAUUCACUCAUUCAAAGAUGCCUCUGAAUUUGCAUUGCGUCAUACUGACUUCGCAAAGCAAUAGCUAGGAUCGAUCCACUUCAAAACUACAAACAUCAUCCCAUCCCAUCGACACCACAUGACAAAUCCCAAAUGCCAAUCAAAUCACACCACAUCCCCACAGCCUACCAGCCAAUGUGGCCAUUGUUUGGAUUUAUGGCUCAGAUGAGCAUGCGAAGGGUGCUUGCAGGUGUCAACAGCGAAAUGGUCGAUGGACUGGUAUCAGAAGAGCUGCAGCAAUUCGCGUCGGCAUUGAAUAUGGGUAUCAUUGGUGGCGACCUUGACGCGUUGAAGGGACUGUCUCAGGCGUUUUUGGAUGCUGGUGAGGACGCAAUCAACCAAAGCCCGAUUGGCUUUUUGACCAGCAUCUUUACUUAUGGCUGGACAUGAUCUUCUGGAUCCACAUCCAGUUUACCAAAAAAGAGGCACGUAAAAGUUUUUUCUUGGUUAGAAGUUCGUGAAACCUGUCACAACUACUCAGUACGAGAGGUAUCUUCGCCGCUUGGUGUUACCAUUUCCCUUUCCAUCCAUCCAUCCAUCCAUCCACCCGUCCCCACAAGCGACCUCUAAUCCUCCCAAGCCGCAGUGGCAAACACGACUGAGGAAGCGCAGGCAUUGUUCUUCGAGAGCCAACGCGUUGUGAAGAAGAUGAUCUUCUCACCGGCCGAUCUGGACACCACGAUGUCCACAAGAUGGCCUCUUUGGGGAAUGGCCUAUUUGGCCUCAUUGAAAACUAUUUCUUAGACUCGUAACGGUCUGGGGAAUAUUUGGGGGAGAUUUUUAGGAGUCACUUAUUUGAUAAUGAUGUUGAAGAUGGGUGUAAAAUGGUAGAUUAUAUCGAUCGAAAUUAAGAACUCACAACAUAACAUUACGUAGCAUGAAAGGUAGUCAUUGAUGAAAAGAUAGGCUUAUAGAUUCACAUAGUAUACAUAGAAAAUUCCCACGCUUAAUCUACGGGAUAUAUCGAUCGGGCUAUUUCAGAAAAAGCUUUCCCACGUCUGUAAAUAGGUACUAACGUCGAAGAUGAUAUCAUCACCUGUCAUUGUUGGGUUUAUCCACCUUUAUAGAGUCAUUGAUUUCCGCAUUCAUAGCCGUUCAAUUGAAAAUAGCGCAAUACAACUGGCACGUUUGCGUUACAUUCACCAAAAACUAGAACACCUACUUAGUUCACCAUUCAAAUUCAGCCAAAAGUAACACCAACCAAGUAAUACCAAGGUAAGAAGAAGCAAAGCAGGAUCUUAUGGAUCAAUCACAAGAAAUAGGUCGUAUAUUUUUGUAGAAUUUUUUAGCAUGAAUACUUCUUCUAGGGCAGCACGUUGAGCAGUGCUCGAUCAUCUCCGCAACAUCAAGAUGUUGAUCCUGCUCCGUCACUCGGAUUGCAUGAGUGUCACGCAAUAGUUCUUUCAAUCCUAAGACUUGAUCCUUCCUGAAUUUAAUAACAACUCCCAUUAGAUUGGUAAACAAAGAUGUUCUCCUUCUAGACUUCAGAAUC